AGUGUCUGUGGACGGGCGUGUGGAGGGCUGCCAUCUCCAGGCUCUGAGCAGCGCUGGCAGGAGCAGGUGGGCUUCUCCAGCAUCCCGGCUGUCUCCGAAGGUGUCUCUGCUCUGCCAGGGGUAGAUGCUGGUUCGGGAUCAGCAGGGAACAGGCCACCUGCCACCUCCCAGGGCUUGAGGCAGAAGGAAGGGGCCAGGCGGGUCAAUGGCUGACGGGAGUGUGCCCAUCGGCACCCUGGGAGAAGGUGCCUUGGCCAGGCUCUGUGAGCUCCUGGACAACUGCAGCCGGGGCUGGAGGAAACUGGCUGAAAUCGCCGGUGCCGAGAAACGCUUCAAAUGCAGCGAGGAGGAGCUGGAGAUGUGUUCCCUGAAGGUCCUGGAGCCCUGCGGGAGCCCCAGCCAGUGCCUCCUGCAGCUGCUGUCAGAGCGGGACUGCACCCUCAAGUACCUGCUCUGCUGCCUGGAUAAGAUGGGACACACCGAGGCCUUCCAGUUUCUCUCCAGUGUCGUCCAAGAGUCCAUCAGGAUCGUGGUGCAGCCCGAAUCUCAGGUGGUUACAGAAGGGACCACAGCGUCUUUCACCUGCCGGGCGACGGGGCCCCCGGGACUCAAUUACCAGUGGUUCUGUGGGAAGCAGGAGGUGCCCGGUGCCACCUCCCCUGAGCUGGUGAUUGACCCAGCUACUCUGCAGACCCCGGACUGGUACAUCUGCCGCGUUAACCACAGGGCCAGCUUCACGUUCUCCAGGUGGGCCCGGCUCCAGGUCAAGCGAAGCAGCAGCCCUGCCUCAGCGAGCGGCUAUUGCCCGACAAUGGUGGGACUGCAGAUCCUCUGUCAGCCCCAGCCCUGCACCUUGGACGAAGGGGACUCCCUCCAGCUGCGGUGCGUGGCCAUCGGGAACCCACCACCCCAGUACCAGUGGUUCCGAAACGGGAGUCCGAUUGAGGGGGCGCGGAACUCCCACCUCCAGGUGAAGCUGGUGACAACCGCAGAGAGAGGCCGCUAUGCCUGCAAGGUAUUUAACCUCUUCCAGGAGCUGUGGAGCCAGGCCACAGAGGUGGAGAUUGGCCCACAGCUGUUUGCCUCCGGAGGCUCCUGGCGGGAGGAGGACACAGGGAGUGCUCCAGAGCACAGCGGCCCCAGCCAGCUGUACGCCACAGACAAAGUGGCCCUCCUGAUGGGCAACAUGAACUACCUGUACCACAAGCAUCUGAAAGCACCCAUGGUGGACGUCCAUGAACUGACCAACCUGCUGCGCCAGCUGGAUUUCAAGGUGGUCUCCCUGCUGGACCUGAGCAAGGACGAGAUGCAGAUGGCCGUCAACGAGUUCCUUCUCCUCUUGGACAAAGGAGUGUACGGUUUGCUCUACUACGCUGGCCAUGGCUACGAGAACUUUGGAAACAGCUUUAUGGUUCCUAUUGAUGCGCCAAGAUCCUACACCUCGCAGCACUGCUUGUGCGUGCAGAGUGUGCUGCAAAGCAUGCAGCAGCGGCAAACCGGCCUCAACAUCUUCCUGCUGGACAUGUGCCGCAAGAGGAACCUGAACGAUGACAUCAUCCCACAGGUGGGGGCGCUGCAGGUCACGGCCAACAUCGUCUUCGGCUACGCCACAUGUGUGGACGCAGAGGCCUACGAGCUGAGCCAAGGGGAGCUGUUCAACGGCAUCUUCGUCAGCUUCCUGAAGCGAUGGCUGCUGGAGGAGGAGAAGAUCACGGUGCUGCUGGACAAGGUGGCGGAAGACAUGGGAACCCUGGAGAUCACGAAGGGCCGGCAGGCGCUGGAGCUGCGGAGUAACCUGUCCGAGCGACGAGCCCUCACCGAUCCAAUUAAACCAUCUGAGGGCCCAGAGGAGAUCUCUGUCAGGAACCUGCAAUGGGCCAAGGCCCAUGUGCUUCCCGAAAGCCGAUACCUCCAGUUCGACUGCGGGGCUCGGGUACAGCUGGGUUUCGCAGCUGAGUUCUCCAACAUCUUGAUCAUUUACACCCGCAUCGUCGAGAUGCCACAGGAGAUCACACGAUGUGAAGCAAAACUCACAGAUGUCCCGGAGGAGCUGGACGUGGAUUUGAAAUUCACCAACAAGGAGAGCCCAGAGGAAAUGGGGAGCAGCCUCGCCUUGGCCUGGAGCCUCAGUUUCCCCGAUUGUUGCCUCUACAGCCGCCUCUGCGGCCUGCAGAAACUGAGGAAGGAACUGGUCUUCACCGUCUGCCUGCAGUACCAAUACCAAGGACUCGAUGACUUCAUAGAGGAGAGCCAGUCAGUAAAUAUCGGGAAGCCACUGAUUGCAAAGCUCAAUCUGUGUGUCAGCAACGGGCCAGGGACAAACACCCCACUGGCCCAUGCAGACUUGUGUGCAGAUGCCUUGACCGGCUCAUUCCAAAGCAUCAGGAGCAUGGAGAACCCCGAGUCACCAGCUGCGUCAGAGACCUACCAGAGUCUGCCUUGUGACUCGCACCUUGGCAACUGGUGUUCUGAGGAUGGCCAGUGGGUAAACACCCCAGAGGAGAACCUGAGCCCUGAGUUCCCAGGCUCUCACUCCAUGUAGCGCUCGGGGUCUGGCAUAAACGUCACCGUCCACUUCUUUUCCCCGUGUGGACCGAGGGAAACUGCUAGGGUCAGCUUCUGCCUUGGCCUCCACCCCAUGCACAGUUGGGGGGGAGGGAUAGCUCAGUGGUUUGAGCAUUAGCCUGCUAAACUCAGGGUUAUGAGUUCAAUCCUUGAGGGGGCCAUUUAGGGAUCUGGGGUAAAAAUUUGGAAUUGAUCCUGCUUUGAGCAGGAGAUUGGACUAAAUGACCUCCUGAGGUCCCUUCCAACCCUGAUAUUCUAUGAUUCUCUGAUCUGGGCCUGAGGACCUUUGGUGGGACCCCAGUGCAACGAACUGUAAUCUGUGGGGGUUCUUGGGGCAGUUGGCCUUUACAUGCCUCAGCUCAUUACAUUUAAAACAUCGCCCAGCUGCCUGGUCACUGGGGUGAGGUGGGUUGCUGGAGGACAGUGUGGUGGGACAAUAAGGUGUCUGGAGUGUUCCUUGGGGUGUAGUUAAGGCCUUGGGCUGCCCCCAGUAGUAGGGUGUGGUCUGAAGGUGUCUCUUCUGGUAUCCGCUCCAACUGCGACCAGGGUUGUUCCUCUCUCCUCCCUCCACCCGUUUUGUUCCGGUUUGCCCUGCCUAUCUAGUGGUUUGGGACUGCUCAUAUUGAUCAGCAUAAGAAGCAAGACUUCCUGCUGAGUCCAUUUUCUUAUCCCAUAAACACUGUUUUAUUUCCUCCUUGGACAUAUUCAGGAAUUGCUCCUGUAUCAUCAAAUACUGCAUUCCUCCAAAGCUAGUUACAUCCCGUCCUUUGAGCCAUUUAUCAAACAGAUCUGUCAUCCAGUUUACAUAAGCCACAUUACUUAGUCCAGGUCCUCUCUUAAGGGCUAUAAAUUUUACUCUGAAAGUUUCAGGUGUAACUUGAAAUUGUUUUAAAACCAAAUCCUUGAAAUUAUUAUAGUCAGAAACCUCCUCAAUAGGCAUCUUAUUGGAUAUGUCCAGAGCUCUUCCAGUCAAUUUUACGACCAAUGUGGUCAUCUUGUGAGCUUCAGGAAUUUGAUGGAGAGUGCACAGUCUCUCAAAGGUGAAAAAAUAUUCAGCAAUAUCACUGGAUUCAUCAUACUGUGGACAUAGUCACUCCCAUUUGUGGAUUGUUGGGGAAGGAUUGUUAGGGUUAUUCGGUAUAUUCUGCUGAGCCUUUGCCUUCUCUAUCUCCAAUGCAUGCUUCCUCUCUUUUUCCCUCUCCUCCAUUUCUUUUUCCUUUGCCUCCAUUUCUUUUUCUUUUGCCUCCAUAGCUCUCUUGUGGGCAGCUUCUUCUGCGUCCACCCUGGCUUUUUCUUUGGCUGCUUGUGCAUCAGUCUCCAUCUGUCUGAGUUCUACCCACCUUUCAUGUUCCUUCUGUCGUUCCUCAGCUUCCAAUCUGGCUAAUUCCAGUUUCUGUUGGACAUUUCAUUCUGUCAUCCUAACCUCUCUGUGUUUAACCUAGCUAUACCUGAGAGUUAGAAAGAAAAAAAAAACUGGCUUGCAAAAUUUUGCUGUGCUGUAACCUGAUACCUGAUAGCUGUUCUCAGCCUACAGAAAAAUCCUUUUAUUAUGGAGCUGCUCUGUCCCCCAGGCAGAGACAGAAAAAACUCUAACUGCUUUCAGCUUAAAACCUGCUUCCAAGCAGCCCAAAGGGGAAAAAAAAUUGUCCUUUUAAAAUCCUACUGUGCUUCUGGUUCAAUGAACCCACCGCUCUGCCACCAUGUCAAGGUUCCUUCCCCACUCUGAACUCUAGGGUACAGAUGUGGGGACCUGCAUGAAAGACCCCAUAAGCUUAUUCUUACCAGCUUAGGUUAAAAACUUUCCCAAGGUACAAACUUUGCCUUGUCCUUGAACAGUACGCUGCCACCACCAAGAGUUUUAAACAAAGAACAGGGAAAGAGACCACUUGGAGACGUCUUCCCCCAAAAUAUCCCCCCAAGCCCUAGACCCCUUUCCUGGGGAAGGCUUGAUAAUAAUAUCCUCACCAAUUGGUAACGGUGAACACAGACCCAAACCCUUGUAUCUUAAGAACAAUGAAAAAUCAAUCAGGUUCUUAAAAGAAGAAUUUUAUUUAAAGAAAAGGUAAAAGAAUCACCUCUGUAAAAUCAGGAUGGUAAAUACUUUACAGGGUAAUCAGAUUGAGAACAUAGAGAAUCCCGCUAGGCAAAAUCUUAAAUUACAAAAAGACACAAAAACAGGAAGACAUAUUCCCUCCAGCACAGCAAAUUUUACAAGCCCUUAAAUAAAAGAAAAUCUAACGCAUUUUCUAGCUAGAUUACUUACUAACUUUAGAGGAGUUGGAAGGCUGCAUUCCUGAUCUGUUCCCGGCAAAGCUAUCCCACAGACGGACAAAACCCUUUGUCCCCCCUCUCCAGAUUUGAAAGUAUCUUGUCUUCUCAUUGGUCAUUUUGGGUCAGGCGCCAGCGAGGUUACCUUAGCUUCUUAACGCUUUACAGGUGAAAGGAUUUUUCCUCUGGCCAGGAGGGAUUUUAUAGCACUGUAUACAGAAAGGUGGUUACCCUUCCCUUUAUAUUUAUGACAGGAGUGCAGCAACUACACCAAAGAACAAUGCAAAUCGCCAUGUUUGGUGCUCAUUGGUGCCAGGUGCUGUUCAGCAGCUCCUAACAGGCCUGACAAACUCACUAAACCUAGUGCACUGUUUUCAUGGCAUUUAUCCAAAACUGAUAUCAUGGGAGGUCUCUAAUGAAAGCUUAUGACAUACUGAGCCUCAUAAUCAGUGAGAUGUAUGUAUGGUUGAUAUUUAAGGAAUUGUGUAUUUGUAUUAAUUUCAAAGUCUGUGUCUAAGGCAGGGUCGACAAGCAGGUUUUUGCCAGCCAGAGGAUGUAUGGUCACCUGCCUGCCUCAGUUCACAUGUCAAUUAAGCAUUGUAGCCCAGCACAACGGAAGCCCUGUUUGCAUAAGAAGUCAACAUGAGGAUGUGAAGUCAAAAUAAAAUCAGCACACCAGAGAAUAAACCCUGGGGCAGGGCAUCAUUCUGCCUUUGGGGACCAACAAUGAACUUGGGGGAUAGAAGGAGAAGUCAAAAGGACACCUCUUUUUUAUCCUGCACCUGAGGAAGUAAUCAAGCAGCCAGGGUUAGAAUCGCUGCAAGCAGGCUUUGGGUGAGAAUGGACAGCUGACAGGUGAUUAGCCUGGUAAAGUUAAGUUUAGUCUCUAGAAGGUGACUAUUGAUGUUGUAUAUGUAACUUUUCUGUUUCCAUUAUCCUUAUUCACUAUCUCAGUAAUCUUUUAUAAUAGACUUAUGGUUGUUUUCACUAUUAAUAUAUCUCAGUGCUGUGGUGUUAUACAGGAGCUGAUCCUGAGUUGAUUCAAACAAGCUUGUGUGUGCAUUGUCCUGUUAGGGAUAGCAAACCUGGUAUUUCUGUGAGUAGCCAGUGACAGGGACUGGAUAUCACAGGAGAAUGUGUCAAGGGGGCUCAGGGACUGGGGUACAUCUAUAGUUAACCUGCAAGGCGAAGACAGGGCUGGCAUAGCCCAGAGAAGAAUGUUUGAGUGGCUGAAAGGCAGGUGUUGUUAGAGAGCUGACACUCAGCCAGGCACAGGCAGGACUUCUUCACAGUGGAAGCAGGGGCUAACAAGGUGACUCACUGUCCUGGGUACCCUGAGAAUCAUCACAGGAUCAUGCCUUGAUCACAUUUAUAGUAUGCAAAUAAAGUCCAGACUAGUGAUAUACGUAUGUGGUGCUUUAAAAGGGCCAGUUUCUCAAAGCUGAAAACAAUGAGCCAAAUCAGUUGGGAGGAAGAAUUUAAUCAGAAAAAUGUGAAUGAUAAUUGGGAAUUGUUUAAGAACAUUUUAUUAGAUGCAGUAAAGUCACAAUCCCACAACUGAUAAAGACGGCCAUAUUGGUUAAAAAACUGAGCUGGUUUAGAGGGGAAGUGAAGACAGUUAUUAAAAAAAUAAAUAAAUAGUAUAUAACAAAUGGAAGAAAGGGAAAGUUGAUAAUAAUGAAUAUAAAUCAGAAGGUAGGAACUGUAGAAAUUGACAAGGGAAGCCACGGGACACAAGGCAAAAUCUACAUCCAGAAAGUUAAGUUUAAUAAGGAGUUUUUAAUGCACAUUAGGAACAAAAAGGAUCCUGACAAUAGCUUGGUCGAUUAGGAGAUGGAAUUUGUAGAAUUAUCAAUAAUAACAAAGAAAAGGCCAGUCAGCCCGACUUCAAUGCCUGGGAAGCUACUAGAGCAAUGUAUAAAACAUUCCAUUUGUGAAUACCUGGAUGAUGAAGGGGUAAUUACGAGCAGCCAGCAUGAAUUUAUUAAGAACAAAUAAUGCCAAACUAGCUUGAUUUUCCUUCUUUGAGAGGGUAAGUGAUUUGGUGGAUGGGGCAAUGCAUUGGACCUGGAUUUCAACAAGGCUUUUGACAGUCAUGGAACAUCAGGAGAUCAUCUAGUCUAACCCCCUGCUCAAAGCAGGACCAAUUCCAAAUUUUCACCCCAGAUCCCUAAAUGGCCCCCUCAAGGAUUGAACUCACAACCCUGGGUUUAGCAGGCCAAUGCUCAAACCACUGAGCUAUCCCUCCCCUGCAGUCCCGCAUGGCAAUUUGAUAGUAAACUGGAGGAAUGUGGGAUGAGCAGACCUACCAUUAGGUGGAUGCAUAAUUGGUUAAACAACUGCAAACAAAGAGUAACUAUUAAUGGAAUGAUGUCAGAUUGGAAGGAGGUCUCAAGUGGGGUUCCGUAGGGAUCUGUUGUUGGUCUGGUGGUGUUUAAGAUCCUUUUUAGUGACCUGGAUGUAGGAACAGAGAGCAUACUGACCAAAUUUGCAGAUGACACACUGCCGGGGGGAGGGAGAGUUUGCCAAUGCUUUGCAAGAUAGAGCUAAAAUUCAGAGAGAUCUUGAUAGAUUGGAGAAGUGGGCUACAGGCAACAAAAUGAAAUUCAACAAAGACAAAUGUAAGGAGCUACACUUAGGGAAGAAAAACCAAAUGCACAAAUACUGAAUGGGGGAUAAAUGGCUUGGCAGCAGCACUGCUAGGAAGGAUCUGUGAAUUGUGGUGGAUCACAACCUCAACAUUUGAGUCAACAAUGUGAUGCUGUUGCAAAAAAAGCAAAUGCAGUUUUAGGUUACAUUAUCAGAGGUAUAGCAUGCAAGUCACAGGAGGUGAUAGUACUAUUAUAUUUGCUGCUGGUUAGCCCUCAACUAAAGUACUGUGUCCUUUUUUGGUCACCAACAUAUAGCGAGGAGGUAGAGAAACUGGAAAGGAUCGAGAGGUGAGUGACAAAGAUCAAAGGGAUGGAAUGCGAGCCAUAUGAGCACAGGCGGAAGGAACUGUGUUUGUUUAGUUUGGAAAAGAGGAGAUUAAGAGGAGAUAUGAUCGUGGUUUUCAAAUACUUAAAAAUACAUUAAAAAGGUGGAGAAAAGUUGUUCUUUCUUGCCACAGAGGGCAGGACAUGAGGCUACAGCAAAGCAGAUUUAGAUUAAAUCUCAGGAAAAAAUUCCUAACUGUAAGAAGAGCAGGACAAUGGAACAGACUGCCCAGGGAUGGUGUGGAAGCUUUCAAAAGGAGGCUGGAGCCAUCUGUCUGGGAUGGUUUAGACACAACAAAUCCUGUGUCUUGGCAGGGGGUAGACUAGAUUACCCUUGCAGUCCCUUCUAAUCCUAUGAUUCUAAGACAAAAGUGUUCAAUAAAUAUAUGUGUUCGGUAUGUGGGGGAAAACAUGAUGUAGUCAUUUCAUAUGAUGAAAAGGAGCAUAAGCUUUCAUGAGCUACAGCUCACUUCAUCGGAGGCUGUAGCUCAUGAAAGCUUAUGCGCAAAUAAAUUUGUUAGUCUCUAAGGUGCCACUAUUACUCCUUUUCUUUUCGCGAAUACAGACUAACAUGGCUGCUACUCUGAAACCUGUCAUUAUGCAAGGCACUCAUUUCAUAUGAUAACACUCUUUCCAUUCCACUAGUAGCUCAGGCGCAUGUUAAACAGCAGUGACUAAACUUAAGCAUUUUUAAAUCAGCAGGUCCAGAUAACUUGCAUUCCGAGAGUUUUAAAAGAGUUGGCUGAGGAGCUUGCUGAACCCUUAAUUUUGACUUUCAAUAAGCCUUGGAGCACUGGAGAGGUUCCAGAAGACUGGAAGAGAGCUAUUAUGCCAAUUUUUAAAAAGGGUAACUGGGAUGACUUGGGUAAUUAUAUGCCUAUCCAUCUGACAUCAGUCCCUGGCAAGAUAAUGAAGCAGUUGCUAUGGAACUAGAUUAAUCAAGAUUUGAGGAUAAGAUAAUUAAUGCCAAUCAACACUUCUUUUUGAAAAUAGAUCCUGUCUUGAUAUCUUUUAUUGAAGAGAUUACAAGUUUGGUGGAUAAAGGUAAUAGUGUUCAUGUGAUAGGGUAGACUACAGUAAGGCAUUUGACUUGGUACCAUACAAUGUUUUGAUUAAAAAAUAGAAACUUAAGAAAAUUAACACCGACACAUUAAGUGGAUUAAAAGCUGCCUAAAUGAUAGGUCUCAAAAUGUAAUUUAACAUUUUUAUUAAUGACAUGGAAGAAAACAAAAUAAUCACUGAUAAAAUUUGCAGAUGACA